AUGAGUGAUAGAUCUUUGAAAAAUUUAUUUGUUGAUGCUCGUGUAAAUCUUGUUGGUAUUAUACGUGAUUUAAAUUUAUUUUCUAAUAAUCCAUUUUGGUCAUCAAUUUUGAAUUAUUCAGAGAAAAUUCUUAGUACUCGACUUUUUCUUUUAUUUCUUUCUGUAUCUCUUCUAAUUGUCACUAUUUAUGCAAGUCUUAUUGUUCAAACUCAUAGUAUUACUCUUCGACAAUUUUCUCUUUCUGAUUUUGAAUAUCUUCAAACUCGUUAUUCAACUACAAUAAAUGUUCCAUGUACUCAUGUUUCUAAUCCUUAUCAUAAAUUUAUUCAAUUAUCACCAAAAUUUCAUCAAAUUUGUUCAAGUCCAUUCGUUGAUGAUAAAUGGAUAUCUUCUCUUUUUCUUUUCAAUGCAACUUCACAUAAUAUUCUCGAUUUUCGUACAUUUACUUUUGCACAAUUUCAAUCUCUUGCUUUACUUUGUCAUACAGCCUAUCAAGCUGUAUAUGAUGGAUAUCGAACAUUUAAUUCUACUCAUUUAAUUACUAAUUAUCUUCUUUCACGUAUAGAAUUCAAUGAAAUAGCUAAUGUUCUAAUCAGUCAUCUUCAAGAUUAUCUUGUAGCAAAUGAAAAUCGAACAGUACGAGUAGUAUUAAUGAGUAUUGCACAAAAUCGAUUAAUGUCAGCAUUGCGUACUAACUUUUAUAUUGAAUCAGAAGUUCUUUCUGGUGUUUCUGUCGUACACAAUGGAAUUUAUUUAACAAAAAAUGAAACAUUUUCAGGAGAAUGUGAUUGUCGUUUAGAAGGAAAUCAAUGUACUUAUCCAGCUGGAGCUUUUUACAAUUGGACAUUACCUGAAUUGGAUAAACCAGCUAAAUCAUAUCCUCCACCACGUUAUAAAAUUCCAGGUUUAAUGGCCGGAUGUUUACCACUUGAAUCUAUUCGACAAUCAACACUUGAAUGUCUUUAUAAACAAUCUUGUAUAAAUAUAUUAUCAAUCCAACUAAAUAUUUCUCGACCAAAACCUUUAAAAAUUUCUUUAUCAAAAUUUCCAUUAAAUUUAACAAUUGGUUCCAUAUUUGAUAAAUCUUUAUUUAUUGAAUCAUGGAAAAAUACUAUUAGUUAUGAACAAUAUUUUACUGCUUGUUCACCUCGAUCACUUACUUAUAGUUAUUCAGGUCGAUUACGUUUUGCUACUAUAUUUACUAUAUGUGUUAGUGCUUUUGGUGGUUUAGUUAUUAUUUGGCAAUUAAUUACACCAGCUAUUGUGAAAAUCUGGCAUUUAAUUAAAGGGAAAAAACAAGAAAAACAAAUAUCUAUUCCUCAAGAACAACAAUUAGGAAUUGAACAAAUGAUUUUAAAAAUAUCUCCUAAACCAAUCAAUAAAGUUACUUCUCAUGUUCAUCGUACAAUUUAUACAUUUAAUUUAUUUUGUUCUGAUGAUGAAAAUGAUUUAGAAGAACAAUAUGUUGGAAUAAUUUCAACUCGUUUUUAUAUAUUAUUUUUAUUGAUUGGUUUUAUUAUUCUUAGUUUUUAUACUUCUUUAAUGAAACGUACACAAACAUAUACUAUUGAUUAUCCAACAUUAAUAGAAUUUAAUCAAUUACAAUCACUUUAUUCAUCAACAUUAAUUUGUUCAUGUUCACGUUUUUCAAUGUCUUAUAAUCGAAUAAUGUCCAUAUCUCCUCGAUAUCAUCAAAUAUGUUCAAGUGAAUUUCUUGAAAAAACUUGGUUAUCAUAUUUUGAUUUAAAAGAAAUUAAUUCAAGUACAACAUUAUUUACUGGUGUUGAUUUUCGUAUUAGUGGUCAAUCAUUUUUUAGUCUUUUAAGAGAUUUAUGUAAAUUAUCAAAAGAAACAGUUAAUAAUGCAAUUCGUUUAUUUCGAUCACGUCGAUUAGUUACACUUAAUACAUUUUCCGAAAUACAAUUUUAUGAUGAAACAAAAAUACGUUUAAAAUUAUUUCAACAACAAACAAUCGCAUCAUUUGUUAAUCUUAUUCAAUUAAUUCGUUCAUCAAUUCAAACAAAUCGUUUAAUUACUGAUUUAUUAAAUGAUGCUGGCUUUUCACCUAAUUUUAAUAAUAAAACAUCAAAAUGGUCACCAAUAUUUUAUUAUAGAAAUAUUGAUAAUAGUUCUUGUUCUUGUGCUUAUUCUUCACAAUGUAUUCGUUCACAAGGAUUUUAUUUACAAUCUGAUGAUCGAGAUUCUAAUCCAAAAAUAAUUAUACCAGGAUUAGUUCUUGGUUGUUAUACAAUUGAUUCUCUUCUUUUUUCGAAUCUUCAAUGUUUAUAUCAACAAAAAUGUAUUCAACUUUUAAUUGAUAUGUAUUAUUUUGACGCUGUUGGCUUAUUUCAUCCAUUGAAUAAUCGUACUGCUCAUAUUCAAUCACUUGAAAAAACUAAUACUCGUUUUACACCUAAUACUACUAUAGAAUCAAUUGUUUCACAACUCUUUGUAGAAGAUUGGAGAACAUCAAAGAAUUUUUCAGCUUAUUAUAGAAGAUGUGCAUCAAAACAAUGUACUUAUAGUAUAAUAAGACGAUUUCAUAUGACAUAUAUGAUUACUAUUAUGCUUGGUUUUUAUAGUGGAUUAAGUGUUAUUUUAGAAAUAAUAUUACCUCAUUUGGUUAGAUUUAUUAGACAACAAUGGAAAAAACGACAACAUAAUAUAGAUUCUUCACAAACAACAACAGAUAAUCUUGUUUUGCCUAAUGUAAAAACUAAAAAUUUAUGUUUAUUUUGGAAGAUCUAUCAAUUUUUACGAUUAUUGAAUUUAUUUUCUACUAAAUCAUCUUCAACAGUAAAAGAAAUGAAACGCAAUGAAAUAAUUGCGACUCGUAUUUAUAUAUUUUUAUUCUUAUUAAGUCUUCUCGUUGCUCUUCUUUAUGCUGGACCAUUUAAUGAUGAAACAAAAACUGUAAUAAUUAAAUUUCCAACAUCUAAUAUUGUUAAUAAUCUUUAUUCGAAAAAUAUCUCGACUUUAUCUUGUCCAUGUUCAACUGCUGCUGUUCGUUAUUCAAAAUUCUUAACUAUAAUACCAGAAUAUCAUCGGAUAUGUUCAAGUGAUUAUGUUAAAUCUUCUUAUUAUAUUAAUUUAUUUAAACAAAAAGAUAGAAUUUCAAGACGACUCAGUGCUCAUUAUCGUAUAUUAGCAACAUUUUGUCAACAAUCUCAACGUAUUAUAAAAAGUGCCCGAGAUGUAUUUGCUGAUCAUGAAUUAAUUAGUGUUGAAACAAUGACAUAUUCUUCUUUUAUUAUUCAAAGUGAAGCUCUUGUAUCAAGAUUUAUUUCUCAAAUUCCUGCAGAUUAUCGUCGAACAUUAACAUUUAUUAUGCGUUCAUUUGAAGUUAAUCAUUUCUUAAAUGUUUUUACAAGUAAUUGGAAACUUGAAUAUACUGAUGAUGAACAAAAUCAUAUUAUUACAACUUAUCCAAAUCGAUUUUCUUCAUCAAAUUGUACUUGUGCUACUUCAUUCAAUUGCACUGAUCCAAUUACUGAAGAUAUUGUUACUGGUUGCUUUCCUUUUGAUGGAUUUCGUUUAUCAAAAUUUUCAAAUCUUUCCUUAGGUCAAUUAAAUGAUCAACUUUUUGUAAUGACAUGGAAAAAUGUAAGUAAUUAUACAGCUUAUUUUCAUACAUGUCAUCCAUUUGAAUGUCAAUAUACAUUACCGAAUCGAAAUGAUCCACUCACUAUGUUAACAACUAUUCUUGGAUUAUAUGCUGGUCUAAUAUAUUCUCUUCGUUUAAUUGUUGGUCAGUCUUUGCGUGUCUAUCAGUGGUGGUUAAAAAACCGUCCACAGUCACAACAACAACAACAACAAGAACAACAAAUUGAAAGAACCUGCAUUGAUUCGAUGACAAUAUGA